AUGUCUGAAAACGAUGUAAAAGUCGGAGACACGUGGAUGACCGUUCUCCAGGAUGGUGGGGACGAUCCGGAGUUGGAUAUUAUCUUCAUCCACGGCCUUCAAGGACACCCUGAGUCAACCUGGACAUACAAGAAAACAACUGGAUGGCCGUGGGAUAAGAAAACGGAAACUGUAUUCUGGCCUAAGGCGCUUCUCGCACAGCAUGAAUCGUGUAAAUCCGCCCGCAUCAUGACCUAUGGAUACAAUUCCCACGCCUACGGAUUUAAGACCAAAGUUGACUUCUGCAAUAUCCAAGGACUGGCAGAGUCGUUGCGCAAUGCAGUGGCUGCGCUCCGGACGAAGUGUCAACACCGUCCGCUGAUGUUCAUUGUUCAUUCCCUCGGGGGUUUGCUUGUGAAAGAGGUUUUGAACCAGUGCCUGAAUACCAAGGUUGAGGCUCACCACGCCAUAAUUGAAUCUGCUUUUGCGAUCGUGUUCUUCGGGACACCUCACCGAGGAAGCCAGCUCGCCAGCUAUGGGAAUGUGAUAGGCAGGCUUCUCAAAGGUGUGGGUGCAGAGUACAAUGACAGCAUCAUUCAAGCGCUGACUGGCAGCGAUGGGAUGCUAACUAAGCUUAAUGGCGAGUUUGAAAAAACCGUCGACUGGAUGAUUGAACACAACGGGUUUGAAACAAGUACGUUUCAAGAGAGCCAGAAAGCUAAUGGAUUCUUGGGAAAGGUUGUCGAGGACGAGUCGUCUAAAGGUGGUAGAAACGACUGCAAUGACCACAUCAGCGCAGACCAUAUGAAAAUGUGCAAAUUCCCCAGCAUUGAUGACCCCGACUAUAAAAAGGUCGGUGCGGAAAUUUCACGUCAUAUUGAUCGAGUCAAGGGCCAACUCGAUCAAGAGAGCAAUGGUCUUCUCCUAAGCUUGGAGGAGUUCGGAAAAACCGCGAGUCAACGAAAAGAAGAGAUCGUGAAAUCAACCGAAGGGACUCUUGAGUGGCUAUAUGAGGCUGAAGCGCACAAAAACGGGACGGAUUCGAUUAAUGCCCCAGGAAUAUCAUCGCUCCAAAAAUGGCUCCAGGGCAAAGAGCAAAACAACAUUUUCUGGAUUACAGGAAAACCUGGCUCUGGCAAGUCCACUGCAACGAAACAUGUCCUUGAUGAGCCAAAGACUCGGGAGCACCUCGGCGAACACCCAACGCCAGAGGAGGUCUCUAAUAGCAGUGAAAGGGAAUGGGUCAUUCUCGAGGCUUUCAUCACGAACCGAGGAACCGAGGAACAGACGUUGUGGAAGCCAAUGCUAGGUGGAAUCCUCUACCAGCUGCUUAGGAAACGGCCUGCGCUCAUCCGUGGUGUCAUUCGCCAUGCUCGAAAGUCGGAGAGCGAAAAUGUCGGGCUGAAGGUUCGCGAAUGGGGCCAAAAGGAUUUUGAAAACGCGUUGAGAUACUGCAAGUCCCAGGUUCAAACUCCAUUCCGUGCAUUGGUCGUGCUUGACGGGCUUGAUGAGCUUAAGGAUCCAGCAAGUGCGACUUCCGCAAUUGACUUCCUAAAGGAGCUCAUACGGCCUUCCCAUGCGCCCUGUGACAACACUGUGAAAGUGUGUGUUUCAAGUAGAUCCGAACAGGGUAUGCGCGAUCUGCUCGCCGAUUGCUGGCGUUUGGAAAUUCAUGAGAACACGAAAGACGACAUCUGGCGGUAUGCUCUGGUCCGCCUUUGCCAAAAUCCAAGAUUCCGUGACCAGUGUACGGCCUCAAUACAGGAUCGACUCAAAGCCGUGCUGGCCUACAUACGUGACAACGCUGACGGUGUCUUUCUGUGGGCAAGUUCUAUUGUUGCAGAGGUUGACACAGCCUUGACACGGCGUGAAGCUUUGGGUAGCCUCCUUGGCCUGGUGAAAGGUUUGCCAACACAGAUGGACGAGUUGUAUAUCUACAUGCUCAAGAGGAUUGAUCCUGAAUUACGCCAAAGGGCCUACAUCAUGCUAGAGGUUGUUCUUCGGGCUCGGAAACCAAUGGCUGUCUUGGAGUUAUUUCUAGUAGUUCAUGUGGCAGAACGUUACAUCGAUGGAAAAUCCAAUCUUUGGUCGGAUAACUCGAGUGUUGAUCACCUCACAGCAAAAGAUUUCCUCGAUCCUUGUCGGCUUCAAGGUCAGCUAAUCGAUUGCUGUAAAUGCUUCUUGGAGAUAGUGCCAUACAACAAGUCGAUUGGCUAUGAUCAUUCCACCCCUCACGAAGAGUCGAACCUUAUAGGCAUGAUGGGCGAUACGAUUUCUACCCACUCACAGACAUUGGCGGGUCCUAUUGGGUUCGUUGAAGAGGCAGAUGUGUCAGAUACGGAAGAUUCAACGGAAAUUGCUAGUAAAGUGCAAUUCAGGGAUCGAAUCGACCCUAGCAAAGAUGUGGUACAAUUGGUACACCGAUCCGGCAAGGAUUUCCUUGUCGGAAAUAAGCUGCUGGAUGUACUUUUUGAGACCUCCGAAUACAAGCCAAAGGGCAACGGAGACACCUAUGUUCUUGCGUUCGCCAAAGCUUGGCUCCAGCUGCCAAAGAGCAAGCAAGAAGAGCUGCGAUUUCCCUUCGAUGCUAUGGAAGAGGUCGCUUUUCAUGCGUCCCAGGUGGAGAAUACAUUACAAUCCACAGAGCUUGAUACUGCCUUUUCGAUUCUUGAUGACCUUGACCAGCAGUUGACUGACACCUCAGGUGAAAAUUGGCCCGCCUGUUGGUAUUCUCGCUUUAUUGGCAAGUAUAUUCAAGACUGGCAUUUCAACUUCCCGGCCUUUGCGGUAGCAAUGAACAUGAAGGGAUAUAUCACGCACCUAAUUAAAAACGCCAGAGAUGAUGGCUUGUUAAAAGAGUUUCUACACCCACAGCCUGGUCGGCCCUUACUGCACUUCACUGUCUAUCUCGAGCAUCAGGCACCGAAGCCGACUAUGACAAAGUUUCUGCUAGAGCAGGGUGCUGAUGUCAAUGCAAAAUACGAGGAGAAAACAGCACUAGAGAGCAUGAUACUCCAUGAGUGUCAAGCCAAUGGUGAUCCUCAUUUGACGAUUCUCCGCCAUCUGAUUGAUAGUGGAGCAGAUCCCAACACCUACUACCGCCCGCACUGGGCUUACACAAAUGUUUGGUAUCCUUUGUUGCACAUCUUUGCUCAUUUGGAUUUUGUAAUCGACUUAAAACCUCGGAUUGAGUUUUUACAUUUCAUGGCCCAGAAGGGGACCGAUUUGAAUGCAGUGGAUGUGGCUGGCCGAACCCUAACCGAGGUUUUGUAUUGGGAAGACAAAACAAUUCCACAAAAAGAAUGGAAGUUUCUAUUCCAGAAGGGAGCUCGAAUCACAAAAUCCAUGAUCAGUAUUAACUUCAAUCGUAUCUGGGACUGGCUCCCAGUUAACGACGCAGCGGAAAACCAAGCGUGGGCAUUGCAGCCUGCCCUUACAACUGCCACAUUGACAUUGGAAAAUAACGAGCGGCAGAGCAUAGAGGAGGAUGACAGUGGAAUGGGUUUACUAAGAGAGAAUGAAUAUGCUGUGUUCCUCCCAGAGCAAGCCAGUUCUGGGCUUGAUAUCAGUCUCGCUACUCGUGGAACUAGAGAGGCUACCACAGCAUGGUCUUACAUGACUACUCCUAUGACUGAAGAGAAGCGAAGUUUGCGGGGUCUUUGUGAUGGUACCAGCCCCCAUAACGCUUAUAAGGUGCUACAGAAGGCUGAGUUCCGACAAUCGAAGUGGUACACAGAAGAGGCUGCAGACGCAGCAGUUCAGAUGUGCCCUGAUUGGUUUCGGACUGCGGUAGUUUAA